AUGAAUUCGUUUUUAUACACUUUCCUAUUUUUCACAUUAGUCGCCGCAGAAAGAUGUCCCCCGGUUUUCGGUGAAUUCGAAUGUCCCAUUGGUUACACGUGCGAGGAGAAACAGUGUCUUGGAAGGAGUCGAGCACCGUCAAUGACGUGCUCAUUCGAGGUUGAAUGUCCUGAGGGCACAGUUUGCUCCGAAGGCAAAUGCUACCCAUUGUCAUCAGUGAAAUGCAAUCGACACGUUCUUACCGGUGAACGAUCGGCGAGAAGCAUUGUGACGGAUUGCGGCCGUCGCGGGAAAUGCCUCAACGGCCAGUGCGUUCUUGAUCGAUGUCACGCAGUGACUUGCGACGAGGGAAAAAUCUGUCGAGACGGAAAAUGCGCGCAACUCUUGAACGCGUUUUGCAUCGGACACGCCGAUUGCGGACCGAAUAUGCUAUGCAUGGCGAAUAAAUGCCAAUUAAAACCGCAAGAGCCAUUGUGCAAUUGUCAGCCGCACGAGAUCUGCCAUCACGGACAAUGCUAUCCAAACACGCAAUGCACUUCAAUUUAUUGCGAAACUGGAACAUAUUGCGUCGAAGGUCAAUGCGUCAACGCUGUGGGAAAAUCGUGCCAAGACGACACGUGCCACGGCGGAACGAUUUGCGUGAACAACGUGUGCGUCGCGAAUCCGUGCCCGUCGCGAUGCCCGCAUGAUCAAGACUGCCGACUCGGCGAGUGCCGCAUCAUGGAGGGCAUCCCGUGCGUCGGCGAAUGCAAGCAUCCGUUCGUCUGCAUCGACGGCACCUGCCGUCGCAAUGACUGUGCUCGAAAAGUGUGCCAACUCGGCGAGUCAUGCGAAGGCGGCAAUUGCGUUCGUGUCGCCGGCCGCUUCUGCACUCUCGCGAUUCGUGAUUGCGGCGAGCAUUUUGCGUGUCAGGACCAUAAAUGCGUCGAUUUAUUAACACCGAAACAAUAA